UAAAAUUGCUAAAGAUGCUACACUUCAUAAAAUAAUUACCGGUUUGUGUACAUAAUUGUAACAAAAAGAAAGUUGAGAUACUAAGAUUGUAAAUAUUAAAAAGUUCAGACAGUAAUGCUGCAAUUAUCCGAAAACAAAGAAAGAAAAAGAAAAAAGAAAAGAAAAAGGAAACAGAAAGAUACUUCUCUCCUUGCUUUGCAGCAGAGACUGCCGCGAGUUCAAAAAACAUAGCGGCCGUUUAAGCAAAGGGAGAUGGCAGCAAAUUCAACAUUUAAAUUAUUCGGGACGUCGGGAGGGUUAGGGUUAGGGUUAUUCGAUUCUGCAUCUUCAGAGGCUCCUCUUCCUUCUCCACCUCCUCCUGUCGAAGUGCUUUCUUCUGAGGUUUCUUCAGAUUUAAAAUGCACCGUUGAGCCAGUUCACUUGGACGGUCUCACUUUACUGAAGGGAAGGGUUAGUACCAAAGAGGUUUUUGGGUUGCCAAACUCUGAUUUAGUACCUGGUGUAUAUGAAGGAGGAUUGAAACUGUGGGAAGGUUCAUUAGACCUUGUUAAAACUCUCCGCGGGGAGGUUCAGAAUGGGCGUCUAUCAUUUACCGGAAAGCGAGUGUUAGAGCUUGGAUGUGGUCAUGGGCUUCCAGGGAUCUUUGCAUGCCUUGAGGGUGCAGCCGCUGUACACUUUCAGGAUUUUAAUGCUGAAGUUCUGCGAUCUCUUACAAUUCCCAAUGUAAAUAUCAAUCUUUUGAAAAAUACUCCUGGUACUGCAUUAGAUGAGACAGAUUCUGAUCCUGGGAUGGAACUGCGAUUCUUUGCUGGUGACUGGAGUCAAGUCCAUCAAUGUCUUCCUCAUAUAAACAAUAAUGAAAGGGAUCAGAUCUCUAGCUCAGGGCAGCAUCCAGUUUCUGCUUAUGAUGUCAUUUUAAUGGCUGAGACAAUAUACUCGAUCUCUGCUCAACAGUGUCUUUAUGGGCUUAUAAAGAAGUGCAUACGUCACUCUUGUGGAGUUGUAUUUAUGUCAGCUAAAAAGCAUUAUUUUGGAGUUGGUGGGGGAACACGGCAAUUCCUAUCUAUGGUGGAGAAAGAUGGAGCUAUGGCUGCAAGUCUGGUUGCUGAAGUCGCAGAUGGUUCUUCUAAUGUUCGAGAGGUAUGGAAGCUUUCGAUGAAGUAGAUCGAAAUUUUUUGAUUUGGUUGGUCAAUGCCAUCAUCUGAUGUAAGAAUCAUGACUAUAGCUGCUAAAUAUAGGGCCGAAACCUGAAAGUGAUGUGCUUUCUGUGCUUAUUCAAUGCUGAGAUAGUAUUGCCCUGCCUCUUGUCUCCCUCCAUUUUACCUUUAAUCAUUUGGUUUAUUUCAUUCUAUUUUCUGGAA